AUGGAUUCAACUUUGGCCGCUGCUUACAGCGCCGACGAUACAAAGCCUAAUGCUUUACAAAGAUUAAGAAUCUUUUUCAUUUGGCUACUACACAAGUUUACGACUAAAGAGGGUCUGCUAGGAGAUUACAAUUACAAAUACCUUUUCACACCUUCGUACCCAUUCCGGGACUGGAUCACUAGGAAGAGAGGUUUACAAGUUGUGAGUGUUGAUCAACCAUUCUUCUCUCUGAAUGAGGAUGUUCCAGUGGCAUUGGGUCUUCUACUUGGUUUACAACAUGCUUUAUCGAUGUUGGCAGGUGUCAUUACACCUCCAAUGAUCAUUGGUAGUGUUGCGAAAUUACCAACCCAAUUAACUCAGUACCUUGUUUCUGCUUCAUUGAUCAGUUCUGGUAUACUAUCUGCUGUGCAGAUUACUCGAUUCCGUAUUCCUUUCACUUCAUACCAUAUUGGUUCAGGAUUGCUAUCGGUGGUUGGAACUUCCUUUGCUGUACUUGGCAUUGUCGAGAAAGCACUUCCUGUGAUGUACAAGACUGGUUUUUGUCCAAGUUCGAGUGAUGGUACUGCAUUAGCCUGCCCCGAUGGGUAUGGAGCCAUCCUGGGAACUGCCGCUUGUUGUGCCCUACUAGAAAUUGCUUUGUCCUUUACACCUCCUAGGAUCUUACAAAGAGUUUUCCCAAAGAUCGUUACUGGUCCCGUGGUGUUGUGUAUUGCUGUUCCAUUAAUUCAAAGUGGAUUCAACGACUGGAUUGGUGGUAGUGGUUGUGUUGGUAAAAUAUGUCCAUAUGCCGGUGGCCCGCAGGCGGCUCCCUGGGGUUCUGCCAAAUUCAUUGGAUUGGGUUUCCUAGUUUUCUUUACGAUCAUCAUGUGUGAAAAAUACGGUCCUCCAAUUAUGAAGUCCUGCGCGGUGAUUGUUGGGUUGAUUGUGGGCUGUAUCGUUGCAGCCGCUGUCGGAUAUUUUGAUCGUAGUUCGAUUGAUGCUGCUCCAGCGGCAACUUUCCUGUGGGUUCACACUUUCAAGUUGCGUGUCUAUGGUCCCGCUGUCUUACCGACCUUAGUGAUGUUUAUCGUGCUGGCGCAGGAAGCGAUCGGUGAUAUCACUGCUACCAGCGACGUCUCUAGGUUAGACGUGGAAGGUCCUGUUUACGAAUCGCGUAUUCAAGGUGGUAUCUUAUCCGAUGGUCUUGGCGGUAUCUUCUCUGCACUCUUCACUGUUACUCCCAUGUCAACUUUUGCACAAAAUAACGGUGUCAUCUCCUUAACCAAAUGUGCUAGUAGACAGGUCGGUUACUGGUGUUGUUUCUUUAUGAUCAUCAUGGGUAUUUUCUCUAAAUUUGGUGCUGCACUGGUGGCAAUUCCAAAGCCUGUACUUGGAGGUAUGACAACUUUCCUCUUCACCACUGUCACUGUAGCAGGUUUGAAAAUCAUCUCUUCGAUCCCAUUCACAAGAAGAGAUAGGUUUGUCCUCACUGGUGCUUUGUUGCCUGGGUUCGGCGCUAUCCUAGUGCCAACCUGGUUCGAUAACGUAUUCACUUACUCUGGUGACAACCAUGCGUUGCAAGGUUUUUACGAUGCUAUUGUGCUAGUUAUGGAGUCUAGUUUCACCGUUUGCGGUCUCAUGGGUAUCAUCUUGAAUCUGAUUAUUCCUCAGGAACUAGACGAAGAGCUAAUCGAUGACAUCGAGCUUCAACAAGAGAACCUCAGUGUGCUAGAUGGCCAGACAUCCCCUAUGAUUAGCACCGUGCUUUCAAACAAAGCUAAAGAAGCUCAAAGUCAUGGUCCCAAUGACCUGAUUAUCUCCCAAGAUGUUCACGAGCUAAAAGAUGUCACUCACUAUAACGUUUCCCCCUCAAGAUCCUCUAAAUCUUAA